UCUCACCGGUGGCGGAAAUUUCGAGAAAUGGUCUCGUGACGUCUUCCGGCAAGUUUAAUUGCGCAAUCUGACUCACGAAUCGCGACAGAUUGCGCAGCAUCUAUCCCAGUUCAGUUCACCGUGGUCGAACCGUCGAGAUAAUCGAGAGAUUAGGUGCAGUUGCCUUCAGACAAGUGCUUCGCGAGUGUGUUCCUCGUAUCACCUCGUAUUUUUGCAACGUAAUAGAAAAAAGAUACAGCAAUUUAGAAAGAUGCCGCGACGUGGACGUGCCGCCGCUCCUCCUCCAAGAACAGUCAGACCGAGCGCACCUGCGAGCGCACCAGCUCCGUCCCGGGUGCCAGCUCAUGCUCCACCAGCGCAACCCAUGGUUGCCCAGCCGCAGCAACCGUCCCUCAUGGGCCAGAUGGCCGCUACCGCUGGCGGAGUCGCUAUCGGAUCUGCCGUGGGGCACACCAUUGGUCAUGCGAUGACUGGACUCUUCAGCGGUGGUGGCAAUGAGGCUGUUCCCGCUGCAGCAGAGCCAACGCAGGUAGUUCAGGGUGCUCCCGGGGCCGUACCAGCUGCUGGCGCCUGCUCCUGGGAGAUGAAGCAGUUCCUAGAGUGUGCUCAGAAUCAGUCCGACCUGAGUCUCUGCGAGGGCUUCAACGAGGCGCUCCGUCAAUGCAAGAUGGCCAAUCAUAUUAUGUAAAUGCGGAGUGCAAAUAAUUUAGAAAGAAACGUCUAGGAGAAAUUGAAGUACAUGCAAGCUAUAAUCCUUAGAGACUAAAUAUGAUUUAAUAAAAAUUUCUGAUUAUUUUGCCAUUGUUGCACUAUUAAUAUUGUAAGAUAAAAUAGUUCUGGAUCAAUCCGUAUACAUGUUUUAGUAAUAAAUUAUGUUUGUUUAAAUUCUGUAGUUGGCAACUACCUUUAAUUCUUCCUUUGAUUUAUACGUGACGUUUAUAAUAUAACAUAGAAUGAUUCCAAUAAACUGAAAUGUGCACGAAAUUACACUUUAAUUUCAUGUUAACAGGAAAACAUUGGUAAUGUCUAAUGAGUUUUUUUAGAAUUUAGGUGUUUGUAUUAGCAAAUAUUAACAAUAUAAAUAAAAUGGCAAAUUGAAAUGAA